CUCUACAAUCACUUCAGUUUAUAUUCCGUUAUAUGCAUCAUCAAAUAUUCAAGUUACUCUACUUCUUCUCGUAAACGUAAGAGAAAUCCAAAGAAAUAAAUGUCUUCUCUUCUCAAAACUAGUUUCAUCCCAUCGCUCCAUUCUCAAAAUGGACAACCCUGUCUUGGCUUGCCAACUUUAACGUCUAACGUUGUCCCUAGCAGCAACCAAAAGAAGUUUGUUGGUAUGAUUUCUGCUCUACACAAUAACGCGGAUGGAGAUUACAAGAUGACUUUGGUGAACGAUGGCAAGAGCAUCAAUGGCGUGGAGUUUCCCAGGCUUCUCAAUUUCUCCGGCGAAAAGCCUUCGACUCCGAUUCUCGACACCAUUAACUACCCUGCUCACAUGAAGAAUCUUUCUGCCGAGGAACUUGGGAUAUUAGCCGACGAAAUUCGCGAGGACAUUGUUUACACGGUGUCAAAAACUGGAGGGCACCUCAGCUCAAGCCUAGGUGUGGCUGAGCUCACAGUUGCACUUCAUCAUGUAUUCAACACUCCUGAAGACAAGAUUAUUUGGGAUGUCGGUCACCAGGCCUACGCUCACAAGAUUUUAACAGGAAGGAGGUCAAAAAUGCAUACAAUUCGACAAACUUUUGGGCUCGCAGGCUUCCCAAAGAGGGAAGAGAGUCCCCAUGACUCCUUUGGAGUUGGCCAUAGUUCCACUAGCAUUUCUGCUGGUCUUGGGAUGGCGGUUGCAAGGGACUUGCAAGGGAAGAAAAACCAUGUAAUUGCUGUAAUAGGAGAUGGAGCCAUGACUGGAGGACAGGCGUACGAGGCAUUGAACAAUGCAGGUUAUCUCGGCAGUAAUCUCAUCAUCAUCUUAAACGACAACAAACAGGUCUCUCUUCCCACCGCGACUGUUGACGGUCCCGCUCCUCCUGUUGGAGCUCUAAGCAAAGCCCUCGCCAAUAUUCACUCUAGCACAAAGUUCCGCCAGCUGCGUGAGGCUGCAAAGGGUAUUUCCAAGCAAAUUGGGGGGCAAACCCAUGAAAUUACUUCGAAGGUUGAUGCGUAUAUGCGAGCAAUGACAGCCAGUUCAGGGGCUUCAUUGUUUGAAGAACUCGGACUCUAUUAUAUUGGUCCAGUGGACGGCCAUAACGUAGAAGAUCUUGUCGACAUUUUGACUAAUGUUAAGUCUAUGCCAACACCAGGGCCUGUUCUCAUCCAUGUCAUGACAGAGAAAGGAAAAGGCUAUGCUCCCGCUGAAGUUGCGGCCGAUAAGAUGCAUGGUGUGGUGAAAUUCGAUCCCAAAUCUGGGAAGCAGUUGAAGUCGAAAACGAGUACUCGUUCGUACACGCAGUACUUUGCCGAGUCCUUAAUCGCUGAAGCAAAGCAAGAUGAAAAAAUUGUUGCCAUUCAUGCUGCAAUGGGUGGCGGCACUGGACUCAACUUGUUCCAGAAAGAACUUCCAGAUAGAUGUUUUGAUGUCGGAAUAGCGGAGCAGCAUGCCGUUACAUUUGCUGCUGGCCUAGCGGCUGAAGGCAUGAAGCCAUUCUGUGCAAUUUACUCUUCUUUUUUGCAAAGAGGUUAUGAUCAGGUGGUUCAUGAUGUAGACCUUCAAAAGCUCCCGGUGAGAUUUGCGAUGGAUAGGGCCGGUCUUGUGGGUGCAGAUGGUCCAACACAUUGCGGAGCAUUUGACGUAACUUUCAUGGCAUGUUUGCCAAACAUGGUGGUGAUGGCCCCUGCCUGUGAGACUGAACUUAUGCACAUGGUGGCCACAGCAGCGGCCAUCGAUGACCGACCCAGUUGCUUUAGGUUCCCAAGAGGAAAUGGCGUUGGGUCCAUUCUUCCACUAAACAACAAAGGGUCCCCAUUAGAGAUUGGCAAGGGGAGGGUGCUAAGAGAAGGAAGUCGGAUAGCCAUUUUAGGAUAUGGAACGGCUGUACAAAGUUGUUUAGCUGCAGCAGAUCUUCUCCAAACUCUGAACAUUUCGAUCACCGUGGCAGAUGCGCGGUUUUGUAAGCCUCUUGAUGCAAGCUUGAUCAGACAAUUAGCUCAAGAACAUGAGAUCUUGAUUACUGUGGAAGAAGGUUCCAUUGGAGGAUUCAGCUCUCAUGUCUCAAACUUCUUAGGCCUUAAUGGAUUGCUUGACGGCGGAAAGCUUAAGUGGCGGCCGAUGAUGCUUCCGGAUAGAUACAUUGACCAUGGAGCUCAGACGGACCAAAUCGAGGCUGCAGGGCUAACUUCCAAGCACAUUGCAUCUACUGCUUUGUCGCUCAUAGACGAACACAGAUCCAAGCUUCCCCUUCUCGACCUGUAUUCAAAAUUACAGUAGACGCUUGAAAAUAUAUAUAUAUAUAUAUAUAUAUAUAUAUUAAAGCCUCGUAUAUUUUUCUCUCUGCUUAUAAGAAUCUAAAUCAAUGUAAAUAUAUAUUUUUUUUCUUUUGAGUCUCUUCAAUUUCUUUAGCUGAGAAUAUGAAAGUGUUCCAUAUUAAUAAAAGAGCUUUCAUUUUAAUUUAAA